GUCAAAUUGGUGAGUGCGAAAAAUUCGUGGUUGAAUUUUCACAAAUUUGGUAAUUUUUAGAAAUCUAAAAACGAUUUUGUUCUGAAAAUUCCUAGCUGAAAUGGCUUCACGUCGUAUUGCGCAGAGCUCCAUCAAUUGGGCUUCCCUGGCUGAGAGAGUGCCCGCUAACCAAAAAGCCAACUUUGCUGCAUUCAAAACCAAGUCUGAUGCUUACUUGCGCAGUGUUUUGGCCAAUCCCGAAAAUCCACCACAAAUUAACUGGGCCCACUACAAGGGAUUGAUUCCGGUUGCCGGUAUGGUUGAUACGUUCCAAAAGCAAUACGAAGCUCUGAAAGUACCAUAUCCUGCUGAUACUGUGAGCACACAAGUGGAUGCCCAAAUCAAAGAAACCAAGAGUGAAAUUGAAAACUUCAAGAAAAGCUCCGAGGCGCGCAUAGUCGACUAUCAGCAAAGUAUCAACCAUCUGAAACAGUUGUUGCCAUACGAUCAAAUGACUAUGGAAGACUACCGUGAUUCCUUCCCUGACCAAGCUUUGGAUCCCAUUAACCGCCCAACAUUCUGGCCCCACGAUGCUGAGGAACAAAAAGACAACAAAGACAGGGCUCAUGCUGAACAUUAAAGCAUUUUGAGCAGUCACGAAUAGUUCUAAGCAAAAAGCCUAGAAAUGGUGUAGUUAUAUGAAAUGUGGAAAAUCGAAAAUAAAAUUCAAUGAAUGUAGUAAAUUCAGCACCGAAAA